AUGUCUGGACGGCUCUCGUCGAAUAUCUGGAGCGCGAGCACGGCCUACAAGCGCGAGAUGCCAGAGUCGAUCUGUCUGCCAACGGAGCCGGCCUGCGGGGGCUUUCUCGUACACGCUCGACAAUGCGGGCUGCUGCUCGACCGGCCCGACCUCAAUACGAUUCAGCUCGUGAGCUUGUACGUUGCUCGGCAGCGUGACAGCGACGAUCCGUUCAUUCAGUCGUUGCCUCGCGACUUGUCAAGCUUUCCUCUGCUUUCACAGCCCUCGCUCGAGUCACUGCCAGCAUUUGUAUGCGGCCCGGUAGCAGAUGUGCAGAAGAGAUUCACGCAGGACUGGCAUGCUGUCGACAGCCACAAUGAUGAUGAGAUCAUCGACUUUGACGCGUUCAGAUGGGCCUGGCUCUGUGUCAAUUCUCGUUGUGUAUGGCUAGACUUGGACUACGAAGCGCACGAAGAGAACUUCACGCUCGUGCCUCUGCUCGACAUGGCCAACCAUUCUUCGACGUGCGCCAAUGCGACUGUCAAAUACGAUCAUGCUCACUUUGAGCUCAAGUUGACGCGGCCGGUCAAGCGAGGAGAAGAAAUCGUGUUUGAAUAUGGCGGCCACGAUCAGGCGACGCUCUGGGCAGAAUAUGGCUUCAUCGAGAGCAGUAAUCCCCACGAGCGCAUCGACCUCACUGCCCGUGUCAUGUCGCUCCUCGACAAAAAGCAAGCAAGUGUGAAAGUGCUAAGGCAGCACCACUAUCUUGGUGACUACACCCUUGACUGGGUGGACGGCACCAUAGCACCCUCUUGGCGAUUGCUCGUCGCACUCAGAUUGCUUUGCGCCACCGAGCAGCAUGAUGCAUGGCUCAGCAUGAUCGCUGGAGAGCGCGAUGACAUCUCUACAGACAAUGACCAGCGGGUCGGCGACUUGCUGGCCAACCUCGCGCAGGCAGAACAAGCACAGAUGCAGGAAGACCACGCCAAGGCGUCGUUGCCCGUCGUGCGUGAGAUGAUACGCGGCAGGCUCGCCAUGCUCGAUGCUUUUCUGGGAGCAGUGUAG